GCCCCGUUACGCCUGUCAACUCUCUCUCUCUCUCUCUCUCUGUGAGACACCGGGGAUGGUUGACUUCACAAAUACAUACCCCACGACAAAUAGGUCCUAAUUUUCUUUCGGCCGUGUAGGCGUGGGAGAUGAACCGGGAGCGCCUGGCUGUCUCCUGUUUUGAGUCCGCGUUGAAGCGAGUGCUGUCCGGCCCAUCCUGUGCGUGUUUCUCGCUUGUCGCGUCGUGCUAAACAUGCUGGGAUCAGACUAACGUAUCAUGGAUCCCGAGGAGCUAGAGCUGCAGAAUGACUACCGUUACCGUAGCUAUGCGACAGUCAUCGAGAAAGCGCUGCGAAACUUUGAGUCUUCGAGCGAGUGGGCCGAUCUCAUCUCCUCCCUGGGCAAGCUCAAUAAGGCCCUGCAGAGUAACCUUCGCUACUCGCUCCUGCCCAAGAGGCUGAUCAUCGGGAAGCGCCUGGCUCAGUGCCUGCACCCUGCUCUGCCCAGCGGAGUGCACCUCAAGGCUCUGGAGACCUACGAGGUCAUCUUCAAGAUCAUUGGAACAAAAUGGUUGGCCAAGGAUCUGUUCAUUUACAGCUCGGGCUUGUUCCCGCUGUUGGCCCACGCAGCUAUUGCAGUGAAGCCCGUGCUGCUGAAACUGUAUGAGCGUUACUACCUCCCGCUGCAGAGGGCUCUGCUGCCCAGUCUUCAGGCCUUCAUAACAGGACUCCUACCGGGCCUGGAGGAAGGACUGGACGUCUAUGACAAGACGGAUGCUUUGUUGGUGAAGUUGUCUCUGCUGGUGGGCCAGCAGGUCUUCUACGGUGCCCUGUGGGGCAGCAUGCUGGUCACCCCCAUGGUGCGACUGCCCGCUUCCGUGUUCGUAGUCACACAUUUUGAUCGGAUGGCACCUUUGAGUCAACAAACACACAUGCUCGGCUACGAUCACCGUGUAGUGGUGAAGUCAGUUUGUCUUUCCCUGCAAGAUUCAAAUGUCUUGGUGCAGAGGAACACACUGGAAAUCCUGCUCUACUUUUUCCCUUUUGCCACGUGCAUGGACCAAGCCGUGCCCAGCAUUGCUCUGAGAGCGGAAGACAUGAUCACGCUGGUGUCCUCAGCUUCUCUCACGCUGCUCCGAAGAGACAUGUCCCUGAACAGACGCCUCUACGCCUGGCUCCUAGGCACAGACAUCAAAGGAGGAAUGGUGGCUCCACACCCCACGCUGUCCGCCACCGUAGAGGAGCAUUCAUCCUUCUACUUCAACAACUACUCUAGAGACUUCCUUGUGAAGGCUCUGAUUAACAUCCUCAAACAGAAGGAUGUGGAAAGCGACCCGGAACAUGUGAUCGGUUACCUCAGGCCCUUUCGCAUCAUCAUCAGUCUGCUUGAUAAACCGGAGAUAGGUCCGGCCGUCUUGAGCAGGGUGCUGCUAGAGGUGGUCCGAGCUUUCUACAGCUACUGUCGAGAGGUGCUCGGGCAGGAAGGCGUCGCCAGCUCAGGACUCUCAACCAACCAGUUAGCUAGUAAAAUAAAAGAGGACAAGAACACAUCGGAGAUCAUAAAGACGAUGAAUAUGCUCGUGAGCUCCAUGAACAGCGAAUACCUGUGGGAGUACAUGACCCGGCUCUUCUGCACUUCUCUCGGCGACAAAGAUGAUCCGGCAGCAUCUCCUGAGCAGGAGAGCAGUCCUCCUCCUCCUCCUCCUCCACCUCCCUCUGUCACAGAGAUGUCCAACCUCAUCAUUUUCCUCCUUGAUGUUCUUCCCCUGGAGCUCCAUGCUGACAUCCAGUCACAUUUCCUCCCUGAGAUGCUGGGCACCAUGCUGCAGACUCUGCGCAGCCACAUGGACGCGGUUUGCCUCGAGGACGUCACACAGGGACUGCGUGCGUGCUUCAAGGUCCUCAGUAAGAUCCAGAUGCCCGUGGCCUACAUGGACGCUGAGUCAGGCUCACACACAGAGGAGAUGGAGUUACAGUCACCAGAAGAGGAAAGCACAAAGACUCAGGAUGUAGAGAAUGAAGGAGAGAAGGAUGGCAGCGCCGUUCAGCUCAACGGGCACCAUGAGGAGCAGGAGCUGAACCAAAACGGUGAAGAUGAGACGGAACCUGCGAAUGGCGUUUACCCAACUCUCAGGUCAGAAGACAGUGGAUUGGGCAUCAGCGCCUCACCCUCAGAGCAGCAUCUGCCCCCUGGGAUGAAAACGGGAGCUGCGGGAAAUGAAAUUACCAAAGACAGCGAAGGAGUGUGGAGAAGGGGAGGCAGUAUAGACACCAUGACACAGUGUCUGCAGGACAUCCUGGCCUUUAUAACCACAAGAUACCUGUUGGUGCAGGUGGAGGAUGUCAGGGGACCCGAAGAGGAGCCCCAACCCGACCUUAGCUCCUCCCCUGUAGAUCAGAAGGUUUCGUUGGGUGUCAGAGGUGGACGUGAAAUCAAAGACAAACUGACUGAGCUGUUCACUCCAAAUAAACUCAAAGCCCGCUCCUCUCCUGAGGCCGAGGCCGAGCCCUCGGCGGCUCCCGCUGAAAAGAAAAAGGAGCAGAGAAAGGAGCGUGGGCGUUCGGGGGGUCUGGACUGGGCGGCCGGCUACAUGCCACGGGGACGGGCAGAGAUCUCUGAGGCGUGUCGACAGGCUUUCAUCGCCACCUGCCACCUACUGCUGGAGAGCGCCACCUUCCCUGUCUACCUAAGCGAAGAGGAGACUCUGGCUCUUCACGCAGACAUGUUUGCUGAAACAGAUGGUGACGUGGACAGCCUGCCAACGUGGCUGAGGUCCCUGAUGACACUCUGCUGCCUGUCCAGAGACUACAACAUCCAGCACACGGCAGUGGCUUCCCUGUUGGAACUCAUCAACCAUUCCCAGUCCUUGGCACUGGUCAUUCAGGACAAGCACAGACGCUACCAGAGCUGCGAAGCCAACCCCCUGAGUGGACGGCUGCAGAUGGUCACAGUGCCACCCAUCUACCCCGCCAUGCUUCGCGCCAUAGAGGACAGCACCGAUUUCUAUCAGAGGGUGUCCCAGGUCCUGUGGAAUCAACUGGACACAGAGCGCAGGGAGCAGCACAUUUCCUGCGUGGAGCUCUUCUACAGGCUGCACUGUUUGGCUCCGUCAGCGUCCAUCUGCGAAGACAUCAUCUGCCAAGCGCUACAGCACAAAGACAAGGCGGUUAGACUGGAGGCUCAGCACCGCUUCACAGUCCUAUGGCACCUGACCCGGGAGAUCCUGACCAGCAGGACCAUGUCCCUCAGUCGCUCCUUUGAUCGGUCUCUGUGUGUCGUGUUGAACAGUCUGAGCUCUACUGACGGUUCAAUAAGUGCAGCAGCUCAGUGCUGGCUGGUCAGGGCUUUGUCCCUCAAUGACGUUAUCCGUGUCCUGGAACCCAUCCUCUUGCUGCUGCUUCAUCCGUCCACCCAGCGCUGCUCCAUUCAGAGCAUCAAACAAAAUCUUACCGUUGGUAACCUGAAGGUCCUCAACAACAGAAGUCGAAGCUCCACCAAAACCCUUGGGUCGUCCGCAAACGGCAUGGUAGCAGAGGUCACCACCUUAAAUGUCCUCAACAUCGUGGACCGGGAAUCCUUGUGGACAGAGUUAGAGAGCGGACCAGAGAUCCUGGCAAAGCUAGAUGACGCCUUAGUGGCAUCGAGGAGUGAGAGUGAAGAGACGGAAGAAGAGGAGGACAGAGAUGAAGAGGAGGAGGUUGAGAGCGAACACACCGAGUCCGCCGACACCAGCGGCGCCCAAGUGUCCACGGAGAACUCCAGUUCAGGCUCUGCUCCGUACCGUGGCAUUGAGGACGGAGGCGUGGUCAACGGCCUGCGGAGGGCGGAGUCGGAGCACACGCAAGCGUCCGAUUCACUCUCGAGUGAGGAUGAAGACGAUUUAGAGCUGGAGGCCAUGGCCAGGUCUCGACUGUUGAAGCAGGAGCGUGAGAAGAGAGAGGCCAUCGACUCUCUGUUCCGCCAUGUGCUGCUCUACCCUGUGCCGGGAGGCUGGCGCCUCCUCCUCCAAGGCUUGGCACUGCUUGACAGCCUCCUGAGGAGCAGUGCUCAGUACCCUCUAGUGGACGCCCUCUCCUCCACGUCCCUUGACACGAGCUCCGCUUCGCAUCUAAACCUGGUCUCUAACCUUCUGCAGCGGCACCAGCAGGCCCUGGAUGGUAAAGGGUUCUACGGCGGUCUGCUGUCCCCUUCCUCCUCCCCAUCUGUGCCCCCAUCCCUGCUCAUUGAACUGCUGGUGUCCCUGUGCCUCCAAUUUCUGCGCUCUCACUACCCUUCCUACCUGAGCCUGAGUCCUCUUGACCUGCAGGGAAACAGGGAGGUCCAGGUGAAGAGCGUGGAGGUGCUGACUCAGAUGGUGAAGCAACUCGGCUCCACAGUGCAACAAGAAGGCAGCAAGGCCAAUCUGGAGUUCAUCCGCAAGCUCCUCUCAGAUUGUAAAGUGCAGCAGUAUGCCCUGCUCACGCUUUCGGCAUCUAUGUACAUCAGCCAGAGGGGAACGGACAAGGGGUCGUCCAAAAGCGCGGAGCUCCUUGAUGAGCAGAGGGGCCUGUCAGAGGAGAGUCUGGUGAACCUCGAGGCAGGAGGGGGAUCAGAGCAGUACCCUUUACAAAUGGAAUUACUCAAGCUGCUGCAGGCUCUCAUAGUCCUCGAGCACCACGUGUGGCCGGGUGGGGUGGCCUCAGCGCCCGGGCCCGGCGGUCAGGCCGGGGAGCCCCGCGAAUCCUCAGCGGGCAGCUCUUCCCUCGCUCGCGAGUGGCAAACUGCGGUCCUUUUCCAGCAGUCCAUCAAGGCGGGCCAGUACGUCCAAAGCCACCCCAUCACGGCCCAGGGCAUGUUUGUUUCUGCCGCGGCCAGAGCUCUGCAGCCUCAGUACGGCUACGCCAUGCACCCCCACUGGGUGUCGCUGCUGUGCACCUCGCUGCCGUACCUGGGACGCUCGCUAGGCAUCAUCGUGUCUCCGCUCAUCAGCCAGAUCUGCUUGAACUUGGACGAACUGGUGAAGCUGUACGAGCAUGACGGAGGAAAGACAAACCAGAGCCUGAGCGGGAGGAAGGAGAACAUAGCCCCUGACUACCCUCUGACCCUGCUAGAAGGCCUGACAACCAUAACGCACUACUGUCUGCUGGAUAGCAAGAGGACCCUCGUCGCCUGCGAUCCUGUGGACAUCCGUAACGCGCGCAAUGCCGUGAUUGAGGCACUGCCGCACAUGCUUAAUAGUAUGGCGUUGCUGUGGGGUGUGGUGAUGAGGGAAGAGUUUCAGAGGCGCGCAACCGACUCCGCCCAGAGCUACAAGCACACUUCUACCUCCGUCUAUUUCAAAAGCACCAAGAUCUUGAGGCAGAGGAUACUGGAGUUCUUGCUCCCUCUGACAGGGCAGUAUGGCGUGCAGCUGAUGGCUUCACUGGGAGCAGUGUGGAGCAACAGGAAGAGUAAAAGGAGGCAUAAAAACAAAGUCUUACCUGUGCCCAGUGAGUCUCGUCUAACCAUCGUGGAGUUGGUGAAAUCCCUCAACACCUUACAUACGGACACCGUUCUACAACUGAUCAAAGAGGUGGUGAAAAAACCACAUCAGCUCAAGGGAGAACAGAAGUCAGCAUUGGUCGAUAUACCCAUGUUGCAAUUCAGCUACGCCUACAUCCAGAGUAUUUCAGCUCAGGCUCUGCAGGAAAACGUUGCUCCUCUACUCAGUCUGUUACGGGAGUCUGUGCAGCUCAACCUGGCCCCACCCGGACACUUCCUGCUACUGGGAAUCCUGAAUGAUUUCGUCAGUCGACUCCCAAACGUGGACAGCAAGAAGGACAGUAAAGAUCUGCAGGAGGUGACUCAGCGGAUCCUCGAGGCGGUAGGAGGCAUCGCCGGUUCAUCUUUAGAGCAGACCAGCUGGCUCAGCCGCAGCCUGGAGGUCAAGAACCAGCCGCAGGUUUGCCCAGAAGCAGAAGAACCUGAUGAUGCAGACAUGGAUGGAGACCACUGUGAGUCAGCGGCCCAAGCCAGCACCAUGGUCUCCUCCUCUGCUCCCUCAAUUUACAGCGUGCAGGCUCUUGUGCUUCUGGCUGAGAUCCUGGCACCGCUUCUGGACAUGGUGUAUCGCAGCGAUGAGAAGGAGAAAGCGGUCCCUCUCAUCUCUCGCCUCAUGUACUACGUGUUCCCCUACCUGAAGAACCACAGUGCCUACAACAUGCCCAGCUUUGAAGCGGGCUCCCGGCUGUUGAGCAGCCUGAGUGGGUACGCCUACACCAAAAGGGCCUGGAAGAAAGAAGUCUUCGAGCUUUACAUGGACCCCCUCUUCUUCACCAUGGAUGCCUCCUGUACACACAACUGGAAAUCCAUCAUUGAUCACCUGCUGACUCACGAGAAGACCGUGUUUAAAGACCUCAUGAGCAUGCAGAGUGGCUCCCUGAAACUGUUCAACAACGUCGACCAGAAGCCCAUGCUGCUGAAACGCCAGGCAUUCGCCAUGUUCAGCGGUGAACUCGACCAAUAUCAUCUCUACCUGCCCCUUAUCCAAGAGCGCCUCACUGAGGUUUUGCGGACGAACCCGAGCCCCGCUGCCUCGGCGCAGAUGUUCCUGAUGUUUCGGGUUCUCUUGCUGCGGAUCUCGUCCCAGCAUCUGACGUCUCUAUGGCCUAUAAUGGUCACAGAACUGAUUCGCACUUUCACACGUCUGGAGAAGGCUCUGCAGGCGGAUAAAGACACCUCAAAACUGGCUAAAGUGGUACGUGGAGCCCUGGACAGGACCAAUACACUAGUGAACUUCUCACAGUCAGAGUUGGACAUGUACCUGUCAGCCUGCAAGUUUCUGGACACCUCCCUGGCUUUCCCUUCAGAGAGGAUACCACUCUUUCAGAUGUAUCGCUGGGCAUUUGUCCCUGAGGUGGAUGUAAACCGCUACAGCGGUCCAGAGACGGCGCUGAUCGAAGGCGAGCAGGAAUGCAUACCACAUGUUGUUCGAGUGGUGGAAGGGAUCCAGCAGCGCUAUGGGACCCUGAACGGGCUGAGUGAGGAAUCCUCCACGGAGCCCUUGCAGUUCCCCCUCCUCACUGAGCGCUCCCUGUCCUCCAUCACCCAGCUGUUGCCUUUCCUGCGCACCCUGUGCUGCUCCUUCCAGGGCCCUCCAACCAACGGCCACCCUAUGGCCCACUUCCCCGUAGCGGACUACCCACCAGCCAGUUCACACAUGGUCCUGAGGAAGCUGGAGCACAUCACUGAAGAAGAGUUCCUGGACCCCAUGCAGAGCUGAAAGCUCUGUCGUGACGUUUUCAUGUGCAGCCAUAAAAGUAGAAUACCUAACAUGGGCACACCCAGUAAUAAUGUUGUAUUGUGAACUAGAAAAAAAAAAAAAGGAAAUCUUUUGGGAAUCUGCUUUUUAAUGUUUUACUUGUUUGAUCUUCACAUCAGUACAUGUACCGCUGAGGUGCUCUCACACUGAAUCUAUACUGGAAAAACAAAGGGACUUCAUGGUAGUUCUUCCCUAUGGGCUUUUUUGAUAUUUGAAAAAUGUGGUAUGUUGAUGAAAAAUGACAGGGAAAUGCUUUUUGUUCUCACUUGCUUUGAGAGCGUUGUCUCACUUGCGAGUUGUUCGCACACUGGGAUUGUGACAUAGAGUCUUCUCUCUUCCUUUACGUGGUAUUAAAGACUAACAUGUUACCAUUAAAACCCUCCAUUCCUCUGCUAUUGCUUUUAUAAGGCAUGCACCUUAUAAUAAUGAUAGUUCCAGUAAAGAUUUAUUUGGUUUGACGCCAAAUAGCAGAUUAACUGUGAAGACCCGUAUUAAUGAUUGUUGAUGUUCUUUUCCAUAUGUCUGGUUCUACAGCACGACUCUGACUCAGAAUGUAAAGUCCAGACGUCUUUAAAUUAUGUUAAGAGUUUCAAUAGUACAUUACUGAAUGUUCUCCGUGCACACCAGGAAAAAAACCCUUUCUGUUAAUGGCUGUGCCUCGAUGUAAUAAUACAUGCUUGCAGACUUCGGUGUUGAAGGGAAAUGUCUUUGUAGUUCUACGUGGAUGGUUUUUACAACUGACCUCUGUCUUUUUUUUUUCUUUUUUUUUUCAUAAUGCUGAAUGUUUAAGUAAGUUAUUUUUGGAUGUUUAAAGGACAGCGUCAGGUUUUGCUUAAGCAAAAAUAAGACUCAUUAAAUUAAACAUGAAACUUGA